CUGCAAGUCUGCGGAAUUGAGCCAGCGGGAAAUAUUCACAAAUGAUGUACGAGCCCUACAAAACCCCGCAGAAGCCCUUUUCGCACUACAAUAAGUACUUCCAUGAUUUGCGCUUGGCCGAGACUAAAGUUCAGUCCAUUCCUCAAUGUCUGCCUUUCUACUUUCAACUGCAGCUAUCGUGAGCGCAGCGCCAGAAGAUGGCUGUCUACAGUGGCGCAAAGAGACCGUCCGGCUACGUACGCCCCUGUCGGAUGAAGUUCUGGUUAGGAUCGUCGCUUCUGGGAUUUGCCAUACCGAUAUAACCAUGUCCCAAUUAGCACCUGGAGUUUCUGGCCCUGCUAGGUACCCAAAGGUCGUCGGCCACGAGGGCGCCGGAGUUGUCGAGCGGGUUGGAAGCAACAUCGCCCACCUAAGAGCCGGGGAUAAAGUCCUACUGAGCUUCGAUUUUUGCGGCAAGAACGAUUGUCGCGCUUGCAAAGAUCACUUACCUGGAUAUUGCCGCGAGUUUCAACCUCGGAACAUUUUAGGUGUGCCUGAAGUCUAUGAAACAUCGAGUGGGCCAGGUGCCGGACUGUUCUUCGGUCAAUCUAGCUUUUCUCAGUUGGCAAUUGUUAAGGGAACGUCGGCUCUGAAUGUAUCGCACAUUGUGAAGACUGAAGAUGAACUGAAGAUUCUUGCCCCAAUGGGAUGCGCUUAUCAGACAGGUGCUGGAGCUGUGACUAAUUUGGCAAAUGUCAAAUCCGGAGAUGUGGUCGCUGUAUUCGGACUUGGGGGUGUCGGAAUGGCUGCAAUAAUGGCUGCCAAGAUACGAGGGGCCUCAACAAUCAUUGCCCUCGAUCGAGUACAGACUCGUCUAGUUCUGGCACAAGAGAUUGGAGCAACACACCUGGUUGAUACCUCAGACAUGCCCUCUUUAAUAGACGAUCUAGUAGCCGCCAUUCGUCAGGUAGCAUCGGGCGGAGUGAGUGUAAUCAUCGACACCACCGGAGUCGUUCCGCUCCUCAAAGCAGCUAUCAAGACUUUAAAGGCAAAGGGCCAGUUGAUACUCAUGGGUUUAAUGCAUGGGAAGACCUUGGACUUGGACCUUGGACUCCUGUUAGACCAUGUUAUUGUUGAUCGAAAACUGACCGUCCAGUCGGACGAACACAGCACAGCUGUAGCAGAUCUGUUGAGCGGAGUAACUAUCAAGCCAAUUUUGCUGUGGUAG